CGGUCGACCAAAUCGUCAGUAUGACUCGAGUCGUCGUCGAGGGAAGACGUGUUCACCUCCACCUCCUGAAAAAUCACCGUUAUUUCCACUCUUUCCGGGUAAAUAACCAACUACGGACCUCAACCACGCAUCGCCAGCAGUUCCUGCGUCUUGUGCGCUACGCAGUUGCGUCGUGGACCGCAUAACGACGUUAAAAUAAGGUGGAGAAAGUCUCGCGUGACGUCACGAGAUGCAAAACGUUCGGAGUUUCUGAUGGAAUAGUUGAAGAUUGUGACACCUCCAGAGAUGAUGUACAGUGCCGGAUCAGCCGGGCUGUGGCUCGUACGUCGGACUGCGUGCGGCCAGCAGUAACAGCCUAGUUGAUCAGGCCCUGAUCCAUCGGGAGGCCUGGUCAUGGACCGGGCCGCGGGGGCGUUGAUCCCCGGAAUAACCUCCAGCAGGAUUUGCCAAAUGAAGACAGCGAUGAGGAUACAGUAAUAUUCACAGAUGAUCAUGACUCUCAAAAUUGUAAUGACAAACCAGAUCGGUGGCCUUCCCCAUGGAAGAUCCCAGAGCAAAGUGCUGACAGAGCAUUCAACAAUGAGAGGAUGGGGAUAGGGCCUCAUCAAGAAUACCAAGCACUCAGCAAUUCCACAAUUCCAGCCCAUCAUUCACUUCAUGAUCUUCAGCAACAACAGUCUCUCCUAAACAUUCAAACAGGUGCAUUGACCCAAAAGCCACUGUCCAUGGGGAUAAAUUCUCUUUACCGGGAAAAGGAACCACUACAGUUUUUUACAGAUAUCAGGAGAGAUUUCCACAGCACUGGUACCUCAUCACAAGGAACAAAGAUAACAUUACCAAAUGUGGAAAUGCAAUGUCCAAAAGAUCCCCAUAUUGCUGCCACAUCAUUAUAUGAUGAAAGAGUGAGAGAUCCAGAUAGGAAUAUACAAGGUCUAAGAGAUUCCCACAUAUCCACUACAUCAUAUGACAAUUGUGAGAGAGAUCCUGAUAUGAGUAGACAAAAUUCAAGAGAUCUCUGCUUUAGUGUUUCAAUUAAUAAUAGCAGUGGGGAAUCAAAUAUUAAUAUAAAGUGUCCAAGAGAUCCCUGCACAUCGACUACUUGCGACAGCAUGAUAUAUCCUGAUGUGAGUAGACAAAGAGAGCCCCUCUUCAAUGUUAGCUUAUUUGGUAGCAAUAUAUAUAAAAUUAUGAAAGAGCCAGAUCCCUGCAUCCCUACCACUUCACAUGGUAUAAUGGGGAAAUAUCAGGGUCUGAAGAAACGAGGUUCAGCUGACCAAUGUGUGUCUGCUACACCACAGAUUGAUCCUCCUUAUAAUGACAGAGAGACGAGAUAUCAGGAUUUGGAAAAACAAAGUCAAUCCCAGAUGGAUCUCCAUCUUGGUGUUCCACAUAUAAACAGAAAAUGGGGUGAAAGUAUUCAGGAACAGCAUAUGCAUGAGUCCAUCCAGAAAAAAAAUGUCCUAACAGAUCAUAGAUACCAUAAAAUGGAAAUUCAAAAGGAAGUUAUAAACUUGUCAACAGGACUUAGCAAAUUUUUAAAAUUCAAUACUGGAGUAAUCCUCAAAGAUGCCUGGAUAGAUCCCAGCAAGAAAUUCAUCAACCCUGAGGUUGCAACAUGUCAAGAAAAUAGCCCUGGAAACAACCCCGUGUUGGAUUGCGAGAUUACUUACCCCCCGUUCUUUGGGGAUAAACCAAUAGACCAAAGCUUGGAACACAAAAACAAGAUCAACGAGAAAAAUAAGUCAGAAAAUGUAUGUAAAGAAGUGAAAAUAAUUGAUCUUGAGACUGAUGGGAGAUUUAAAAUAAAUCCAACUGAAACACCACAGCUAGCAGCACUUAAAGCAACAAAGACUGGAUUAUUUGCUAAUAAUGUUUCUUCUCAGGAGAAAGAUGGAGAAUUGUCAGAAAUGGCUUUAGCAAUGACAAAACCUUCAAAAGAAGUAUUUGAAGGUGAAGCAAAUAUUCUUUCCAAGCCUCAGUUGUCUGUAAGUCUAGGACAAAUAGAGAGUGACCCAACUCGAAAGAUUUCGCAUGAGGGAAAGAUUACUGACGAGGAAAACAAAAUAGAAACAAAUGCCCAAGAAGAGAGAGAGAUUUCUCCCCAGGUUCAACAAAACAUAGAUCUUGAAUAUAUAGACAGCAGUUCCUCAGAAGAUUUUGACACUACGAAGAGAGUGAGAAAUGUACAAAACUCUUCAUUUGCUGUAAAACAUAAUUCUCCAAGUGUCUCAAAUUUAGAAAGAAUGAAAUAUCCUGGUAAAUUAUCUUAUAGAAAAAACUAUGAUCAAGUAUCAGAGAGAAAGAAAGACCCACGUUUUCAUAAAUCAGAGAGAGAAAACUAUGUGUCACCAAAAAAAAACUUUUUCCCCACAAGAGAUGCAAGAAAGAAAGACAGAUGUGUGUGGUUCAUGAAGGGCAGAUGCUUAAGAACCAGGUGUUAUUAUCUCCAUAGAUACCCAAAGGAUGAUGGCAUCUAUUGCAUGCAUGCCCUUCGUUGUAGGUGUUCAAGACCCCCAGAAUACUGCUGGUACAAGCACCCUCCCUCUAAACCCAAAUGGGAGGAUACUGGCUAUAGUGAGAUUACUCCCCAUGGUACUACAGGUGUUUUGUACCAACAUGAGACCAUUGGUGAUGGUAAAAAUAUUGUAAACAAACGCAAAGGGGCUGUUACUAAUGGUAAUGUUACUGAUGUUAAGAAAUUUAUUUCUGUGGAGUGUAAGGCAGGUACCAAAAAUGUUGAUAUUACACAUGUUAGUACCUGCAGUGAUGUCGCUGUUACCCCUGAUGAUAAUGGCAGUGAUGAUUCUUCUGAUAGUGAUAAUGGUCCUGAGAGUAGUGAAUCUACUGGAGCUAUACUGAAGUUAUUGAGAUCUUCAGUUGGUUCAGGUUCAAGUACCCACAUAAAUAUUACUCCAAAAGUGAUGGUUUCUUCAGCUCUUGACACCGAAAAAAAUGGGCCACCAGCCAAAACUGCCCAAGAAAUUCAUACAUCAGUAGUCCGUGCUGUGGGUGGGCAAACUGUGUCAGCACCAACAGCUAACACUUCCCAAGAGGCUACAGGAUUUUCAGAGCUACAAGACAAUCUAAUUUCAAAACCUGAUAAUUUUCAUUUGCACAAUAAACUUGAGAAAAACUGUUUUGAUGGGGAAAGAGUCUUAUCUGAUAAAAAUAUAAAAAAUCCUUCAGAAAGCAUUGGUAUGAAAAAAGAAAUUACUGCAACACUCCCACCUCUCGCAAAUAUAGAAAUGUGUGCUGUAAUAAGGGGUUCCAGCAUUGUAAAAUACAAUUUAAGUAAAACAGAGGAAAAUGUGGAUAACCACAGGAGUUUAAAUGUGCAGACUCCCACAAAGCAAAUGAGCAGCAGUAAUGAUGAAACCCACAGAGCAUCACUAGGCAAACAUCGACGUACUAUUGAUAGCAAUAGUGAUGAGAACACAACACUUAAUACUAGACAUCAGACAAACAUUGACAACAGCGAUGAAAAUAGCAGAGCAUCACUAAGCAAACGUCGAUGUACUAUUGAUAGCAAUAGUGAUGAGAGCACAACACUUAAUACUAGACAUCAGACAAACAUUGACAACAGCGAUGAAAAUAGCAGAGCAUCACUAAGCAAACGUCGAUGUACUAUUGAUAGCAAUAGUGAUGAGAGCACAACACUUAAUACUAGACAUCAGACAAACAUUGACAACAGCGAUGAAAAUAGCAGAGCAUCACUAAGCAAACGUCGAUGUACUAUUGAUAGCAAUAGUGAUGAGAGCACAACACUUAAUACUAGACAUCAGACAAGCAUUGACAACAGCGAUGAAAAUAGAGCAUCAUUAAGCAAACGUCGAUGUACUAUUGAUAGCAAUAGUGAUGAGAGCACAACACUUAAUACUAGACAUCAGACAAACAUUGACAACAGCGAUGAAAAUAGCAGAGCAUCACUAAGCAAACGUCGAUGUACUAUUGAUAGCAAUAGUGAUGAGAGCACAACACUUAAUACUAGACAUCAGACAAACAUUGACAACAGCGAUGAAAAUAGAGCAUCAUUAAGCAAACGUCGAUGUACUAUUGAUAGCAAUAGUGAUGAGAGCACAACACUUAAUACUAGACAUCAGACAAGCAUUGACAACAGCGAUGAAAAUAGAGCAUCAUUAAGCAAACGUCAAAGUAUUAUUGAUAGCAAUAGUGAUGAGAGCGCAACACUUAAUACUAGACAUCAGACAAGCAUUGACAACAGUGAUGAAAAUAGCAGAGCAUCAUUAAGCAAACGUCUACGUACUAUUGAUAGCAAUAGUGAUGAGAGCACAACACUUAAUACUAGACAUCAGACAAGCAUUGACAACAGCGAUGAAAAUAGCAGGGCAUCAUUAAGCAAACGUCGACGUAUUAUUAACUAUGAUAGUGAUGAGAGUAUGGUCAAUUCUAAACAUAAAACUAGUUGUAAAAACAAAAUAUCACUAAAUAAAGGUAGAAACAUUAGCAACAGUGUAAAUAAUAACAGUGGCACACAUACUAUACAUCAAAGUAGCAAUGACGGUAAACCAACUAACAGAAAACGACUUGGCAAAGAGAAAAGUUAUUACAGACAAAAGGAAUUAAAAUCAGAGCAUAAAAAAACAAAGAAGAAUCAUGUGAAGAGUCUGUGUGAUGACAGCCAUUCAGAAACUCUAUAUUCUCAUGAUCUGAAGAAACAAAAGGAGAGGGAAAAUUCAAAUGUAAGAGCAUGUCAACAAAAGCCAAAGAAGCACUCAAACAGUCAAGGUAUAAAUAAAAGAACAGAAAUAAAUUCAGAUAGUGAGAAAAGACAUUGCAUAAAAGAAACUAGUAAGUCUAAAGUAGAGAAAUGGAUCACGGACUCUGUCCCCAUGCAAGAAAAAAAUAUAGACAGUGGUAAAGACACAAACUCGGAGCUUUACAAUGAUGUGCCACAAGAUUUAUCUCUAGCGACAAGUAUCAACUAUGUUGAAAAUCCAAAGUCCAGUCAGGUGACCAUUGUUAAUAAACAAGGAAACUCUUCCAAUUCUUAUUUGACUGAAAAUCAUUACAGUGCCAUGGAAACAGUUGAUAUUUUGGAAUCUGAAAGGCCUUCACAACUCGGUAUGCAAAGAUUGGAUAGCCAAGCUGACCUUAGGAUUAAUAAAGAAAGAGAACUGGAACGCUAUACUCUUGAAUUAUUUUCAGAGGAAACAACAAAUCCCUACGAGUUUAUGUGUGAAAGUAUGAGGGAAAAUAAUAUAGAGCCUUGGGAAGAUGACAGACUUUCUAAACUUGUCAACUGGGAAAUGAACUUAAGAAGAUUUGCACUUAUCAGUGGAGGUAAGCGUCGUUCAAAAGAGUAUAACGACAAACAAUAUAUAUGGGACACCAUAAUAAAUGUGCCUAAUUUAUGUGAUUUCUGGAGAUUGGCCUAUAACGGAUAACUAAAUUUAAAAGAUUUUUUCCUCUACAAAUAUUUUUAAGUUUUAUAUUAUCUAAGAUUAUAAAUCUACUGCUUUAUUUGAUUAUAAUAAUCUAAGAUUAUAAUAUUUUUAUGUAUACCACCCUUACGCAAUCUUCACUACCCAUACUAGGCUUCUGUCAUAUCAUAUUCCUGGUCUCUGAUCAGGUAUAUUAAACAUUUAGCACUCUGGCACUCUAUGACCAUAUAGGUUUAGUGCUUGGUUAUGAUGGUGUGGCCCCUCAGGAAAGGUUCCUUGAUGUUGGUGAGGGGCUCUUGAUUUAGGGAAUUGGAUCUGUGCUCCAGUUCCCUGAAUUAAGCCUGAAUGCCUUCCACAUCCUCUCCCCAGGCAGUGUAUAAUCCUCCAGGUUUAGCGCUUCCCCCUUGAUUAUAAUAAUAUGGUGGUGUGGGUCACAUCCUGGGACAAAACUGACAAUUUGUCCGAAAUGCUCACAUUAACAAGUGCCUUCCUAUACAGUAGUAUGUCACUGAUGUCAGCUAGGCCUGUAUACCUUGUACAUGUACUUGUAGUAAAUAAAUCUAUUAUUAUUAUUAAUAAUACAGUACCUGUUGUGCUAUUAAAAUGUAUUUUACAGCUUUUAAGCAAAA